UAUAUAGAGGACCUGCGAGUGGGAGAGCUUCAAGAAUUUGGUUAGAAAACAAAAAUGUCAGGGGAUUCAGUCACAUUAAUGGGGUUCUGGGGUAGUCCAUUUAUGCUCAGGGUCAAGUGGGCUCUUGAACUAAAGGGGGUGCAGUACCAAUAUGUGGAAGAAGAUCUCAGCAACAAAAGUGUCAUGCUCCUGAAGUAUAACCCUGUUUACAAGAAGGUACCAGUUCUUGUGCAUGAUGGUAAACCUCUGGCAGAAUCACUAGUGAUUCUUGAGUAUAUUGAUGAGACCUGGAAGCAAAAUCCUCUUCUUCCACAUGAUCCCUAUGAAAGAGCCAAGGCCAGAUUCUGGUCCAGAUUCACUGACGAAAAGUGUGUGCCAGCACUUAUGGCGGCAUUUUCCAAAGUAGGGGAGGAACAACAGAAAGCAGCACAAGAAGCUCGAGAGAUUCUGAAGACCCUUGAAAGUGGACUUGAGGGAAAGCGCUACUUUGGAGGCCAAGGAAUAGGCUUUGCUGAUAUUUCUAUUGGAUUUCUUGGAUAUUGGAUUCGAUUGGUGGAAGAAACAGUGGGCAUAAACCUAAUUGAUACAGUGUCAAUGGCUAAGCUUAAUGCUUGGUGUGAUGAUUUUCUUGAGCUUCCUAUUAUCAAAGAGUCCAUACCACCUCAUGAUAAACUGCUUGAGCACAUGAAGGCCUUCCACAAGUUAUUGACAUCUUCAUCCACUUGAAAGGGCUCGCGACAUCUAUAAAUAAUGGUUAUGAUUAUAUGGUUAGUUCAUGUUAGAUGUGUACCACCAUAAAUAAUCAUGGUUAUGAUCUCAUGGCAAACCUAUCAUGCUGUAAAUUAGAAAUCUAGAAGAAGGCUAUGUUUGGGUUAUAGUUAGUGUUGAAACUAUCUCCAAUCUGAAUUGCACUGUUGAACCAGUGGUAGCUAGAACACACAGUGUUCACAGAAGCACACACACAGUGUUGAGACUCGAGAGAAAGAUAAGAGAGGAAGGAACAAAAGUUUGAGAGAGAAUGUUAUCUAAUUCUCAUUAACAGUGUGUAACAGAAUUACAAAGCAAUUAGUAUUUAUAAUAUCAGUUUAACUGACUAA